AUGGCAGCCCUCCAGGCGCCUGUUGGGCCUGCCUCGCCCACCAGGGACACCACCUCCACGACCAAGAUCACCGCGACCACAACGACCCAGCUCACGCUCCCUCCAAGGGUACACACCGUUCCCAAGCCUCUUCCCUCGGGCCAGUCGCCCCCUCACCCUCACUCUCACCCUCAUUCUCAACCUCACAUUCGCAUCCAGCGCCCUCACUCUCAUAUCGACCUGCGCGGCCACUAUGAAACCGACGCCCACGAUCUGAGCCCCAGCGCCCUAGGUUUCGCAAACAUUUACACCAUCGACCUGCCUGCUCUGCCCUCCCUCUCGACAAGCUGGUCCGGCUCGUCCAUCUCCAUCGGCGACGACUCCACAUCCGCGUCGACCCUCACCAGAGAACAAUCCGUCUCCACUACAGGCAGCCCAAUCCAGCCAGCCACGUCCACCGCCUGGAGCUGUUCCAGCAGUCGAACCCGCGACGCCGACGACGCCCUCGACCACCACGACAACACGCCAACGCCAACUCAAACGCCAAUCCCAGCCGCCGCCAGUGCUGACCCUCCUUGCAGUCCUAUCGAUUCUGCUAGGCCUACCAGUGGCACAAGCGCUACCGUGCGUCAGCCUGCUGUCGCGCCCAAAGCCGCCCCAGCUGCGUCAGAGAGCAUCACCACAACCACUGCCGCCUCCCACAGACCAGGACCUACCGCCAGGCCGCUUUCUGCCGCACCCUCCACCACCUCGACCGCUCCCUCGACCACUCCCUCGUUCCGCAAACCAGCUCCCGGCCUAGCUGCCCGCCUCAAGGCCUUGGGCUUCGGCUCCUCCAAAAAGAGCUCUCCCAACCUCACACCGCCCACCGAGCUCGUCGGCCGCCUCGACGAGCAACAGCUACGCCAACUCGACGAGAAACACAUCGCUGGCUCCAUCAGCUCCGUAAUUUCCAGGAGAGGUCGCCCCUGGAGAGGCGCCGGCGCCUCUUCUACCCUCAAGGUGUCGGUCAGCCAGCCCAACCUGCGCCCUGCCUCUGCCAUACCAGACCAAUCUCCCCGGCUGCCUGAAAUCGAACCUCCAGACCCUCUCGAGAUGGAUACCCAGAAAUACCGCCUGCCUGACCACACCAAUGGCAAUGGUACCAAGGUCACCCUCGAGACUCGCCGCGAGCACCUCGAACGACAACCCCCGCCUCCCUCCUCCGACUUGCCAGCAACUCCCCCGCCGCCUCCCCCAAAAGAUACACCACCGCCACCCGUAACACCUCCGCCCGCCGCCGACUAUGUUCCUGGUCUAGGUUCAUAUUUUACACCUGGUCGUAACCGUCCAGGAUCCAUAUACACCCUCUCCCGAGCUUCAUUCGCCAACCAGCUCGCCCAGCUCACCUCGUUGCAGCUCCCCGACGCCCACUCGCUCUCAAGCAAAGUGUCUGCCAUACCCACUGCCGCCGCAGCCACUAAUGCUCUCAUCAAUGCCGCUGAGCAGAUCCGCAGCUGGAUCUCCAAGGCACAGGAGGUUAUUGGUGGCCUCGAUAGCGAAGACGACGUUGAGUGGGCGGCCGCGGGCGGCCGUGAAGGACUCGGCGACGUCGAGAGCGCCAUUGUCCGCUUUGAGGAACUCAUCAACGCGUAUGUCUCGGCGAUUGAGGAACUCCAGCAACGCGACGAUGCAUCCCAGGUCCCCAAGCAAGACACAAAUCAAGCUGUAUCUCAAAUGGAAAUCAUUCUCGACGAAUGGUCCAAGAUCAAGUCCACCCUGCACAGCGUCCGUGGCCAGGUCGAGAUCGCUAUGGAAUGGGAGGAGCUCUGGAGCAAUGUGCUUGGAGAUAUUCAGAGUGAAAUGGAUGAGCUCAGCCGUCUCGUCUUUGAGAUGGAGGAGCGCCGCCACAAAACCAUCAUUGCUGGUGCUGGUGGUGACAAUGUUGACAUUGGUGACCUCGAAACCAUUGUCGAAGAUGGGCCAGUCACAAUACCACACGUAAAAUCUCCCGGGCGUUUGCCCCUAUCCACGGGUCCCUUGAGCCCUAGCUCUCCAAGCACUGUCAAUGCCGCCAGCCCCGGCUUAUCACAAGACGAUUCUAGCCUACUGGCCCUGUUCGCACGUAUGCAACCCCUACGGGCCUCGCUCGACUUUCUACCCAUGCGCCUGUCUGUUUUUGAGACAAGAGCGGAAAACAUCUUUCCUACUGCCUGUGACGAGCUAACCAUGAGACGAACCGGCCUCGACAACAGCUAUCGCAAGCUGGAGAAGGACGCCGAGUCGUUGCGCAAGGAACUCGGCGAGGACAGAUGGGUCAUUGUCUUUCGUGGCGCCGGUCGUCAGGCCCAAAAGAUGCAACAGUCUGUUGAGCGGUCUCUCCUUAAGCUUCGCGAGGGCGUCGAUGCCAGACUGCAUCUCACCAACCCCCCGGCCAUGACGAAGAAGAUUGAGAGUUACGAAGCCAAAAAGGUUCAUUACGGCCCCGCUAUCGAGCGCGUUCUCUCUAUCAUCGAUCGCGGGGUCAAGGACCGCCUGACAGUCAAUGGUGAAAUCUUGCGUCUGCAUCACGACUUGCAGAGUCGCUGGUCUCAUCUGAAGCAAAGCAUGCAGGAGACGGGUGGCAUAGUGGAAGCGAUUCUAGCCGACAAUAGAAGCAAGCAGCUUCGCGAUUCCGUCUCCAGCCUCUUGUCCAACGACCGAUCCACUGUGGGCAGCGGCCAUGAGACACCUGGAAGCUCCCCGCCUUCGUCUGUCAUCAUGACAAGUCUGGGCUUUGAAGCACACACUCCUACUGCGAGUCAGUCCAAGGCUCGCUCACCAAAUGCUCCCCCAUCCUCCGGUCGCAGGUAUUCUUCGCUCCCGGAGCCCGCCUCUGCAUUUUCAAAACGACAGGCUGCCAGAUUAUCAACCAUCCCGAGCUCUUCCGCGGGCACUCCUGUUCAAGGCAGCACGAUUCCCCGACCUACCUCUACUCUGGACAAUCGCCCACGGUGGAACACGUCUACAAAAACAGGCGACCUGGACGCUGGUUACCGGUAUCCUAACCCACACACGCUCUCAACUCCAAAUCGACGCGCCUCCUCGACGGCCUCGCCGGGCAGCACCGGCUCGAAGCUGCCCACCAUGCGCAGCAUUUUCCACCGCUCCGUCUCGGAAUCGCCGCAAGUGGAACGAUCGCCUUCCAGGACCAGCAACUCCCGACUGGGCUUCCGCGAUCGCCUCGUCUCGCCGGGGCCCUACUCCCAGCAUACGCUGGCCAAGAAGUCUACCACCCCCGGCGCCGCCACGGGCACUCGUCGCACGUCCCUUCAGCCGCCCCGUGCCGGUCACGCCGCCGCCGAAGAGGACUGUGGCCGUCCGUCGAGCUCGCUGGCCUCGCACCGCGAGAGUCUGCUGCCUCGCAUGCCUGGGCGGUCCAGCCCGAUGAUGUCUCGUCGGAAAGACUCGGUAGAGCCGAGAGACUCGAAGCCUCGCUGGCGAUUCUGA